AUGGUCAGAAAAAUAAGAAAUGAUAAAAAAGGUACAACAUGUAAACGUUGUGGACGAGAAUGCUCAACUCCUCAAAAACUUCGUGAGCAUCUUAAGCGAAAAAAUCCUUGCAAAGCAUUACAAGAUCAGAAAAAAAUAGCUGAUAGGGUAGAUGGUCCCAAAGGGAUCCCUCCAAUCCCAACUCCCGCUUCUUUUACUCAAAACAUAAAAAGAAAACUAAGCACUUUUGAAAACCUACAACAGGAAAUACGCAGUAGACCAGAGGACUUUGAUAGAAAGCGUUUUUACUUAGAAAUGGAAAAAGAGGGUAAUAAACCUUAUACAGGUAUAAUUACAUCAAAAUGGAGUAUGUUUCUAAAUUCAGUAUUCGAAUAUUUACAAAGGGAUUUUGAAAGAAAAAGAGGAGGUUUUAUAGAUAAAAAAGGAAUCGUGGCUGAAAUUCGUAAAGAAAUAUUUCCAGAAAGUGAAAAUGAUGCUUAUACUCAAGCUCCAACUCCUAAGGUUAACGAUCAAAAGAGAAAUGAAAAAAAUAGACAUUUAAUUAGUCAGAAAGAAGCUGAAAAUUGGGUUAAUCCAAAUGCUCGAAAGCCUGGUGAGCAUUUUAGAACAUGGGGAGCGAGAUUGCUAAGAAGAUGGAAGGAACUUGAUCUAGGAGAUUGUGACAGACCAGAAGACUUAAAUCAAUGCAUGCUUCUCUGCCAUGAUCUUGAGCAGUAUGAUCCAGAAGCGGUUAGACCACCGACAAAAGAGAAAUUAGAAAAUAGUCCAGGAUCUAGAACACAAGCUAUUAGAAAAA